AUGUCGAGCGAAGAAAAUCAUGUUCGUGAGGAUGCACAUCAACAUACACUCAGUGUUAUCCUUUCGCCGGAAGAACGGGUUGGGCUUUUCUCCCUCACUACCGUAAUUAUGGCUACUAUAAGAGCUAGGAUUUUAGAAAGUUUUGAUGAUAACGAUACGAAUAAAAAGACAUCGACAGAAAUUUCGGAUUAUUGUACGGAGUAUUUUGACAACUGGCAAGAUGGAGUUAUCGAGAUAGUCGGCGCAGCUAUCAAUUACCGUAGCGACGUCGCUCUAGAAGUGGAAAGAUUCCCCACCGAUAGAGUGGUUCAAGUAUCUAAAGAUAUACAGCCAGUUGCCUAUCAUGAUACAGCUGCAGACGAAGUACUCUUAACUGAGUAUCCACCCAUUCCAACAUUACUUUGCGCUCUUCCAAACAAUAAGCGUCUUCUAUUAUUGGAAGGAAUGUUGUUACAGCUUCUAUUACUAAAUAAAUAUACUGCCUAUUCCCGCAUUUUUCUUCUUUAUCUUACUUCGUCUCUUCAAUUGCCUCUUAGUGUUCUUGUCGACGAUGAGAUCAGAGUGGCGCAGUACUUAAUCAAGACAGCAAAAUUAAUGUCUGGUUCAAACGAGCUUGAGAAACGUAGUGAAUCAAAUAAGAUAUCGCGUAGGUGGAAAAUCGGACUUGCCGGAGUUGCUGGCGCCACAGUCAUGGGGGUGACUGGGGGUCUAGCAGCCCCCUUGGUUGCUGGUGCAAUAGGAUCUUUAAUGGGUGGUAUAGGACUGGGCACAACGGCUGCAGCGGGCUUACUUGGAGCCCUUGCCGAGAGCGGCAUAAUUGCUGAAGUAAACGACUUUGCAUUCCUAUCAUUGAAAAAUCCGACAAACCAGACUAUUAUGCAAGGAGAUCAUCGCCUUCGGGUCACAAUUGCCAUAAGUGGUUGGUUGGUCACAGAAGAAGAUAUCAUUAAUCCUUGGUUCACCCUUGGUCAUCAGAGUGAAAAUUUCGCGUUGAGGUGGGAAGUAGAAGCCCUUGCAAGUCUAGGUACUGCCAUGCAAUCACUUGUCAAGAGCACAGCCUGGAAUUUGGCCAAAAAAGAGAUCAUCUCUCAAACUGUAUUUUCGUCACUCGCCCAUGCCCUAUGGCCUAUGGCUCUCCUUAAAAUUGCCAAAGUAUUGGACAAUCCUUUUAGCGUAUGCAUGAACAGAGCAGAUAAAGCCGGUGUCAUUCUUGCUGACGCAAUUAUUAAUAGAGUUCAAGGUGAGAGGCCACUGACAUUAAUAGGCUACAGUUUUGGUGCAAGAUUAAUAUACUCGUGUUUGAAAACACUCUUCGAACGUCGAGAGUUUGGCCUUGUUGAGAGUGUUGUGAUGCUUGGAUCACCAGUUCCAUCAGAUGUAGCUGCCUGGAAAUCAAUGCGUUCUGUCGUUGCUGGUCGCCUUGUUAAUGUUUACUCCACGCAUGACUACAUUCUUAGUUUUCUAUACCGAACCUCGAAAAUUCAAUAUGGCAUUGCUGGUAUCCAGCCAAUAACGUCUGUUAACAGAGUUGAGAAUUUAGAAGUAAGUGACAUAGUCAAUGGCCACUUGAAAUAUCGAGACGUUAUGGGCACUAUCCUUCAAAAACUUAAAUGGGAGGGAAUUGAUCACGAUAAAAUUGCAAAUCAAAAUGGAUAUUCCGUUUUGUACUCAGAUGUAAAACCAGAAUAA